UAUGCUCCAUAAGACAUGGAGUGUGAGUGUACCAUAGUACGGGGUAUGCUUUUUUAUACGGGGUAUGGUGUUUAUACGGGGUAUGGGUGUUAUACGGGAUAUAGGACGUUCAAGAUGGAACUGCAAAAGCUAUCAGAAGAAGUACCACUAGCCUUUCGACCAAAAGAGGAAGUUGAAGAGGGUGGAUGUUCCACUUGUUGUUCUCUCUGCCUAACCAUCUUAUCAUGGAUACUCAUUAUCUUGACAUUCCCGUUGUCCAUGUUUGUUUGCCUCAAGGUUGUUAACGAGUAUGAGAGAGCAAUCAUAUUUCGACUCGGUCGACUGAAACGUGGUGGGGCUGUAGGGCCGGGAUUGUUCUUUGUUGUGCCGUGUACUGACCAGUACAUUAAGGUUGACCUGAGAACGUUUGCAUAUGAUGUGCCGCCUCAAGAGAUCCUGACACGUGAUAGUGUUACCAUCACUGUUGACGCGGUCAUCUACUUUCGUGUUCGCAAUCCGACCAUCGCCGUAUGCAACGUAGUCAACUACAACUGGUCAACUCGUCUCUUGGCACAAACAACGUUGCGUAACGUGUUGGGCACAAAGAUCCUCUCUGAAGUGCUUUCUGAACGAGAAACAAUCAGCGCACAAAUGCAACAAAUUCUUGACAAGGCGACCGACCCAUGGGGCAUCCAAGUUGAAAGAGUUGAAGUGAAAGACGUUCGGCUGCCUCAACAACUACAACGUGCCAUGGCUGCUGAAGCUGAAGCCACUCGUGAAGCAAGAGCCAAAGUCAUCGCUGCAGAAGGCGAACAGAAUGCUUCUCGUAGUCUCAAGGAAGCCUCAGAUGUGAUGUCCGAGACUCCAACGGCUCUACAGCUUCGUUUCCUGCAGACACUGAAUACAAUCUCAGACGAGAAGAAUUCAACGAUUGUGUUUCCUAUCCCGAUUGACUUUGUUGGAGGACUAAUGCCGGGCAUGUGAGACACGAGCAGCAGACGUAGUUGGACUAUAGCAUGCGAUGUUGCUGUGGUGUUUUGUAAGUAAAGAUCUUGUGGGUUUUGUUGUUUCUUGUCUUGCUAUUUGGUACGUCAUUUCAUUCAUUAGAAAAUAGGCUGUGACUGUUAAUUAGGCAUAGAUUGUAGUUAAUUAAUUAAUCAUUGACGGCU